GGCGAUUGAGGUUGGCGACCCGCCAUCGGCUUUCGAAGACUUGGAUAUCGAUUCUAUGGCGGUGGACGAUGGAUAUGACGGUGUCCGGAUUGGGAACGAAAUGACACAGGAGUUUAUCGAUGAUAUGAUUGAGCGGUUCAAGAACGGGAAGAAGAUCCACCGCAAGUGAUGGUUGAGAUCGGGGUGGAAGAGAGGAAUGAACUGACAGUGUGUGGUGACACACACGGCCAAUUCUUCGACCUCCUUGAAAUCUUCCGACGAAACGGCUACCCCUCGGACAAGCAUGCAUACCUCUUCAACGGAGACUUUGUCGACCGUGGCUCGUGGUCGACAGAAAUCGCCCUGGUCCUCUACGCCUACAAGUGGCUUCGCCCCAACGGUAUCUUCCUCAACCGUGGCAACCACGAGACGGAUGAUAUGAACAAGGCCUAUGGCUUCGAAGGCGAGUGCAAGGCCAAGUAUAAUGAGCGGGUAUUCAAGGUCUUCUCCGAGUCGUUCUCAGCUCUGCCCUUGGCCACCCUGAUUGGCGAAAAGUACCUGGUCCUACACGGCGGUCUCUUCUCGGACGACAGCAUAUCCCUGGACGACAUCCGGAAACUGAACCGACACAACCAGCGCCAGCCCGGCCAGCAGGGUCUGAUGAUGGAGAUGCUCUGGACAGACCCGCAAACGGCACCUGGCCGUGGACCCAGCAAGAGAGGUGUCGGUCUCCAGUUCGGUCCCGAUAUCACCAAGCGGUUCUGUGAGAAGAACGGUCUCGAGGCCAUUAUCCGUUCGCACGAGGUCCGCAUGGGGGGUUACGAGGUCGAGCACGACGGACGCUGUAUCACCGUCUUCUCCGCCCCGAAGUACUGCGAUACGACAGAGAACAAGGGCGCGUAUAUCAACCUUGGACCGGAACUCAAGCUCAAUUACCAGGUGUUUGAGGCGGUGCCUCAUCCUCCUAUCAAACCGAUGGCAAGUCUUUCCCCUUCCCACCCAUAACACCGAUAUACUGACCAUUCACAGGCGUAUGC